AUGCUUGAGGGAUAUACCGAUUAUGUUUCAUAUGACGAUUAUUUCUAUGGUUUUACAUGGAAACCAUUGCCAUCCCAAGUUGUUUCUGUUAUUACCAAAGGCUUUGCUGAAGAUUGCGUCCAGAUGUGGCUGUCAGAGAUGAGAUAUGGAGACAUUCCAACUGAUAUCUGCACAAAUAUCGUCGAAGAUGCUCCAGAUUAUGUAUUUGCCCAAGAUAUCUCAUAUGCAAAUCCAGUUAACAAUGGAAAUGAGAACAUAACAAGUUUCGUUCCUUCGCCAUCAGAAUACAUUUUGCCAGCCACUCCUUAUACAAGAAUUCCAAGAGCCACAGAUGCCAGAAUUACUUUCUCUUCAGCUGAAGCCAAUAUCGAGGAUUCAAAUGCCACAUUUUUCUCAGCAACAUUUGAUAAGUUCGAAAUUCCACCUGCAACGCCAAACCAAACAGCUUUAGAGACUCCUGUCCCUACUCCAUCAUUAGAACCUACUGCAACUUUCGAACCAACUCCAUUUGCAACUGCCGCAAUUACUGCACAUGAAACUCCCAAAGAAACCUCUCCAGCAGCAACACCACAGGUCACAACACCUCAUCAAACCCCUCAACUUUCUAAAAUCCCUCCACGUACUCCAGAUCCAACAACACCUCCUGCGACCAAUUACGUUGAAACACCAGCUCCAACAUCAGUUCCAACACCUGAAAGUGGAAACAAACAGCUUUCUAAAGACGAUGAUGGAAAAGAAGGUGGAAUCAAAGAUUAUAUAUUCCUGUAA